UGAAGUAGGCGGAGCUAUCACCACACCAUCUCCAGCAACCAAUGAAGAAUGUAGUAUAUAUUUACAAAUCAUUAGGCUUCAGAGUUUGGGAAGACGGUUGUUGCCUGGAAAGGACUACCGAUAGUUCGAACUUGGACGUCGCGCGAACUACGUCGUUUAAAGCGCUUUCCUGGCAAGUGAUGUACAUAGUGCCGUAGAAAGAAAAUCAGUAUUUUUCUAUUAUUUGUACAGUUAUCUUUUGACAAUCUAUAAAAAAAAAAGCAACAGCAAACGAUAUAGCACAUAAGAGGAUUCCGAAAUGAAUUUAUCGUUCGCUGGUUGUGGUUUCCUUGGUAUUUACCACGUUGGUGUAGCAGUGUGUUUCAAGAAAUACGCACCACACUUGCUCUUGGAUAAGAUUAGUGGUGCAUCGGCUGGUGCUAUCGCUGCCUGUUGUCUUCUUUGUGACUUACCCCUCGGGGAGAUUACAAGUAAUGUAUUACGUGUGGCACGCGAAGCGCGACAACGUACUCUUGGCCCGUUUAGUCCAUCUUUUAAUGUACAGGAAAUACUGUUAGAAAGCUUGCAAAAGUUCCUUCCUAACGACGCUCACAUUCGAGUGAGCGGUAAACUCCACGUCUCCUUGACAAGAGUAUAUGAUGGAAAAAAUGUAAUCGUUUCACAAUUCUCUUCUAAGGAAGAUUUGCUACAGGCAUUAUUAGCAAGUGCAUUUAUUCCACUUUUCUCUGGACUUUUACCACCACGAUUUCAUGGUAUUAGAUAUAUGGAUGGUGGUUUUAGUGAUAAUCUUCCUACGCUCGAUGAAAAUACAAUUACUGUUAGUCCUUUUUGUGGUGAGAGUGAUAUUUGCCCUAGAGAUGUUUCUUCUCAACUUUUCCAUGUCAAUGUUGCAAACACUAGUAUAGAACUUUCAAGACAGAACAUAUAUAGGUUUGCAAGAAUACUAUUUCCACCUAAUCCAGAGAUACUUUCAAGUAUGUGCAAGCAAGGAUUUGAUGAUGCAUUAAGAUUCCUUCAUCGUAAUAAUUUAUUAAAUUGUACUCGAUGUCUUGCUGUACAAUCAACAUUUGUUGUCUCAGAAACUCUUGAUGAUAACAUGGAAUAUGAUCCCGAGUGUUUGGAAUGUAAAAUGCAUAGACAGGAAGCAUUGGUAUCUAAGUUACCUGAGACAGUAAUGACGAUAUUUCAAGAUGCGAUCGAUUCUGCUAAUAAAGGUCUUAUUAAUUGGUUUUUCAAACAUCGCAGUGUAAAACUACUUUCAUUGCUUAGUCUACCUUACACGUUACCAGCAGAUGUAGUGUAUGCAACUUUCACCAAUUUGAUUGGUAACAAGAUAGAAACUCGUACCUUGGAAUAUAAAGUAGUUGGAAAUUUCCUUCGUACACCCCCGCAGAUGAUUUCUUGUACUAAUCAUACGACACCUUCUCGGUUUAUUUUAAAUGUCCCUAAAUUACGAAGAAAUUUGUUAGAAUUCAGAACAUUCUUCUUGGAUCAAUUAAACAUACUGUUUCCCCAAAUCACUGUGUAUUAUCAACGAGUCCCACAAACUAUUAAAUGUCAAUUAGCUAUUACAGAAUAUGGAUCAAGUAUAUAUAAUAUGGAAGCAGUAGACGAGACUGACCAUUUAUACAAAACUAAGAAAAAUCUAAAUUUAACUUUACAAUACGAUGAAAUACAACCAUGGACAGAUCACAAUAAAUCAAAAUGUGUUAUAAACAUGUCUGAUCUUUCAACUGUCGAUGAUACUUUUGAGAACAUUCUUCAAGUAACUUCAGACCAAGAAGCUGUGAUGGCAUACUAUUAUAUGGACGAUAAUAAUAAAGUACAAGUAACAGAGAUAUUCGAUGUUACGGAUUCAGAAUCGCAUACGGUGUUAUCUAUAGAAGAGGUUGAGAAUAAUAGAAAAUUACAGUUCGACGAAUGGGAUGAACCUACAUGGUUGUCAUCGCAGCAUACGCACAAUGAUGUUAUUAGUGAAUCUCCAUACACAGAUGACAAUCAAUUAAGUAUGGAAAAUUUAUCAGAUAUUUCUCUAGAGGAUGAUAUUAUAGGGGGCUCGAAUAUCUCCUCUGAUCCAGAAAGCGAAUGGGCAGUGAGUAAAGAUCUACCAGUAGUACAAGUUUCCAGUCCCCCAGAUAGUCGGCCAGAAGUGGAUCAACCAUCGUUAAAUUUAUGAAAUAAAUAAUUUUUUCACGAUUGUACACAUGAAAAGUGUACAUAUAUUAUUGAUUUAUAUUAUAACGUUAUGAAGUAUUUAGAUACUUCCAUAGUCAAUGAUAUUACAUUAUAGCAAGAAUUGUUAAUGAUGCUCAACGUUGAUAAUGUUUUAUAAACAUUCAAGAACAUACUAUUUGAAAAGAUCAAAGGUAUAGAUGCAGGCAUAAUUUCGUAAUAAAGAAUUAUAAUUUAUAGUCGGUGUUAUGCGCUAAUAAAUAUAAGAUACAGUAAAAGUAACAUGUAUAAAAAUACGUAACAGAAUUAUUUUCAACAGAGCAUACACAGUAUUUUACUGUUAAUGAGUUUUGUUAGCAAAAAUUUAGCAUUGUUAUUAAUAUACUUGCAAGGCAAGUGUUGAUAGAUCUCCCAUAAAACAGACUGAUUAUGAAAAAAAAAUGUAUAUAAUAUAAUAUGAAAGAAAUUUGCCUCUGCUCUAAUUCCAUAUUGACUUAAUAAUGGUGAAUAUAAUAAGCGAAGUUCAUUUAAAGGCAUCAGAUAUCUUUUCAUUAAGCGAGUUAUUACGAGCAGGUUUUUAAGUUAUGUCGUUAUUAUAUUUUUAUACAAAGAACAGGGAUUAAAUAUUUUGUGCAAAUACCUUUAUAGUUGUAUGGAUCGUUAUGGAACUGUUUUUACAAUUACAAUCUUGUGAUAAAUACUCAAGGGAAUGAAGAAAUUAGUUAUUUAAAUUAGGAUAGGGAAGAUACAAUUUGUGAUUGCAUACAGCUGGAACUGAAUGCCAAUUAGCAUACAAAGUUUUUAUAAUGUUUAUUAUUGACACAAUCGUUGUUAAUGAUGACUACCUUAAUUCUUAGUGAUAAAUUAAGUACAAUUAAACGAUGAGUCAUCUCCUAUGAGUCAAAAAUAUAGCGAAUGGAAUACUGUUGUAUGAUAAGAGGCUUUUAGCAAUAACUUAAAAAAUCACAUUUUAUGUAUUUAAUUUUACAUUAAAUUAUUUUUCAAAGUAACUACAUGCAAAAGUCAUACACGAUAAAUGUUGUUUCAAAAAGUUAGAUUUAUGCGUGUUCGCAUUGUAUGAUUAUGAUAUAUUUAUAUUGGUUUAGAAAGAAACAUAAGAGAAAUAUGUUGCAUAUUGAAAUUUUAUAAAUGAAAUUCUAUGUGUCAUAUACUAUUAAGUUUUGUCUAUUUAAACAAAAUAUGAAUUGUCUU